UCCCUACCAAAAUUUGUCUCCCAAGCCUUAAGGAAUUUCAUCUUGAUAGUACCAUUCCUUUUUCCAAUGAUUAUUCUACUAAAAGGCUGCUUUGUAACUGUCCAGUUCUUGAAGAUUUGGACUACAAGUUUGAAGAUGAGAAUUUCAAAUUCAUUGUUUCUCAUCCUACACUUAAGAGUCUUGCCUUAGAUUGCAUAGGCUUUGAAGGGUGGUCUGGAAGUUUUGAGAUCGUGAUUAAUGCCCCAAGUCUUGGCUACUUGGAAUACUUUGUACGUGAUGUAAACUCUCAUACAUUUGUAUAUGUGUAAUUUUUUUUAUUCUGAUUCUGUUUUUGAAGUCCAUGCCAAAGUUUGUCUCCCAAGCCUUAAGGAGCUUCAUACUGAUAGUGCCACUCCUUUUUCCAAUUAUGAUUUUGCUAAAAGGCCUGCUUUGUGACUGUCCAGUUCUUGAACAUUUGGACCACAAGUUUAAAGAUGAAAACUGCAAAUUUUAUUGUUUAUCAUCUUACAUUUAAGAGUCUUGCCUUAGAUUGCAUGAGUUUUAAAGGGUGGGUUGGAAGUUUUGAGAUCGUGAUUAAUGCCCCAAAUCUUGUUUA